AUUUUUAUAUCUUUAUUUUGAAAGAAGAAUCGAUGAUGAUGAGGCGGCAGGCUGUGUAGUUACGACGACUGUACUACCUAAAAUGGCGGUGUUCCCUCAACACGACCUCUACUGAGUCAACUAGCACGUUGUCGAGGGCUGAGUUGAGUGUUUUCCGGUGAUCAGAGGGGGAGUAUUCCGGCGACCGAGCGAAGAAGCAGAAGAAGACAAUGAACGGGAGAGGGUUGAGCGGAGUUCAGAUAGAGUACGUGAGAAAGCACCAUAACCAUGGGGUCAAGGAUAAUCAGUGUAGUUCCUUUCUAAUCAAGAACAUCAAAGCCCCUGUUCAUCUGGUCUGGUCUUUGGUGAGGAGGUUUGAUCAACCACAUAAGUACAAGCCAUUUGUAAGCCGGUGUGUUGCGCAGGGGAAUCUUGAAAUUGGCAGUCUGAGGGAAGUUGAUGUGAAGUCAGGUCUUCCUGCCACUACUAGCACCGAGAGAUUAGAACUUCUCGAUGAUGAAGAGCACAUACUCAGUUUCAAGAUUAUUGGUGGAGACCACAGACUCAGAAACUACUCUUCCACCAUAUCUGUUCAUCCAGAGGUCAUUGAAGGCAGACCUGGGACCACGGUGAUUGAAUCGUAUGUUGUGGACGUGCCUGAAGGGAACACCAAGGAUGAAACUUGCUACUUUGUUGAUGCACUUAUCAAUUGCAAUCUCAAAUCGCUUGCUGAUGUUUCUGAAGGACUUGCUGUGCAGGACAGGACUGAGCCCGUUAACUGCACAUAGAACUGCAUUUUGGUACCCCUUGUGGAGGCUAUGGUCACCAAGGAUGAAGCUUCUAUAUGGGCUUUAGAGGUGGAGUAGCUGAGUACACCAAUACUCUCUAUACCUUUGUCAUUUGAUCAUUUUCUUUUCUUAUUUUGAUAUUCUGUCUGCGUCGAAGGCAUAUUGGAAUUUAUUUAUGUUUUAGAGUUCAAAGCCGCUGCUUUCAUGACUGUCUUUUGUUCUAUAAAUGAAUGGAAAGCGCAAAACGCAAGCUAUACUUAAAUCUGACUCAAUUUCAGGGUUCUGUCAUUGGUCGAAGGUAAA